UUCCGUAGCAAAGUGUCUGCACCGGAGAAUCCUCGGGGCGGGCGGGGCACCGGGCGCGCCCGGCGCAACAUGGUUAACACAAAGUCCGCGCGCGGCCCCGGGCUCCCCGUAUGAAAAGUGUGAGCGCGGGCGGCCGGCAUCCCCUGGCCGACUUGAGGGACUACCGGGAGGAUGGGAUGGACCUCGGCAGCGACGCCGGCGGCAGCAGCAGCAGCAGCCGCUCGGGCUCCCAGCCCAACUCCACCAAAGUGACCCCCUGCUCGUCGUCGCCGGGGGGCAGCCUGGACCUGGUGUCGGCGCUGGAGGACUACGAGGAGCCCUUCCCGGCCUUCCCCAAGACGGCGAUCGAUGAGUGGGCGCCGGAGGACGGAGACGACGACGAGGAGGACGGGCGCGGGGGCCGGGAUGGCCGCUGUCCGGCGCGGGAGCCGGGCGCCCUGAGCGCCGGGCGCGCCGCCGCCUCCGCCAUGCCGCCGCCGGUGCCCAACGGCAACCCCCACCCGCUCGACCCCCAGGACCCGGGGCACAACGGCAACGUGGUGGCGGCCGGCCGGCCGGGCGGCCCCCGGGCGCCCCGCCGAGCGAUCCCCAAGCCGGCGGCGGCGGGGGCGCGGCGCGGGGGCCGCGGGCCGUGCGUGCCCGAGGAGCCCCCGGCACCCCCCAUGGACUGGGAGGCGCUGGAGAAGCAUCUGGCCGGGCUGCAGUUCCGGGAGCAGGAGGUGCGCAACCAGGGCCAGGCGAGGACCAACUCCACCUCCGCACAGAAAAAUGAGAGAGAGUCUAUCAGACAGAAGUUGGCCCUCGGAAGCUUCUUUGACGAUGGCCCAGGAAUUUAUACCAGCUGUAGCAAAAGUGGGAAGCCAAGCCUCUCCUCUCGCCUCCAGAGCGGGAUGAACUUGCAGAUCUGCUUUGUGAAUGACAGUGGCAGUGACAAGGACAGUGACGCCGAUGACAGCAAAACUGAGACCAGCCUGGACACCCCCUUGUCCCCCAUGAGCAAACAGAGCUCUUCCUAUUCCGAUAGAGACACCACUGAAGAGGAAUCGGAAUCUCUGGAUGACAUGGACUUCCUCACAAGGCAAAAGAAGUUGCAAGCCGAAGCCAAGAUGGCGCUGGCCAUGGCCAAACCCAUGGCCAAAAUGCAAGUCGAAGUAGAAAAACAGAACAGGAAAAAGUCUCCUGUCGCUGAUCUCCUGCCGCACAUGCCUCAUAUAAGUGAAUGCUUGAUGAAAAGAAGUUUAAAGCCCACAGACCUGAGAGGCAUGACGAUUGGGCAGCUACAAGUGAUCGUCAAUGACCUCCACUCCCAGAUAGAAAGCUUCAAUGAAGAGUUGGUCCAGCUUCUCCUCAUCCGAGACGAGCUGCACACUGAGCAAGAUGCCAUGCUGGUCGACAUUGAGGACCUGACCAGGCACGCCGAGAGUCAACAGAAGCACAUGGCAGAGAAAAUGCCCGCAAAGUGAAGAGAAGCCAGCCACCAGGAGGAGGAGCUAGAAUUUAUUUUGCUUCUGUGGUUAAAAAAAAAUUGCCAUUGCUAAAGGUGAUGCAGAAACAAACAAAUAUCAGUGUUUGUCAUGGUCAUGUCUGAAGCUUCCUGUUCAGUGAUCGGCCUUUGCUUCUUAAUUUAUUUUAAUUUUUUUACUUGUGCCACUUAAUAUCGGGCAUUUUAAUAAAAUAUUGUUACAAAAACAAACCAAGUAACUGUACAGUACUUAAACACCAUCGCGAAUCGUGGUAAAUCCGAGAGGGUAGUCUUAGCUUUAUUUUUAUGGGUUUGGAGAUUUUAAGUUGGAGCAGUACUUUUCCCGCUGACAGCUUCCAUCCUCCACUGUAGUUUUAAGGAUCUGUAACCGAUGGUGCUACGUGAGACAUCAUGCCUGCCUCCUCGUGACGUUGUAGCUCUCCCGACGUCUGCCUCGUGACGUUGUAGCUCUCCUGACGACGCCAUCUUAAUCAGUUUUCAACAUUUUGUGAAUGUUGACUAUCUGAAGUUCAUUUCUCGACGUGCUAUUAACAAUGUUUGAAUUCAGAGGCUUCCUUAAAAGUUUUAUGUAUAAAUAUGUAAAAUAAAGAUUAAAACUUUGUUUCA